AUGUCUUCGCCCCGCACUUCCGUAUUCCGGCACCGAUACGCCCCUCCCCUCAACCUCGGUGCGACAUUCAGCUCUGGUCUCAGAGACAUGAGACAUCCUCUUUGCAUGCGAGCAGUCUUCUGGAAUUCUGGAGCUAGCGGAGACACUAGCGGAAACCCAAUUGUGCCCGCCUUGCCUCCUCAUCUCCACUCUACGGCGGCGAUGCCAGAGCCGACGCCAGACUACGGAACACAGCUUCGCAGACAAGGUGUAAGACAUACGAGACAUGCGAGACAUUCCCGCCCCGAGCACUCUUCGCUCGGAUCACAGCCAGUGAACAACCACGAGGCGAGCCAUGAUGUCACCUGA